CAAUUCGAUACAGCCAGCAACAUGAACUCCAAGAUCUUGAUCGUGUUGGGCUUGGCAGCCCUUGCAGCAGCCGACAGCCGGGAGACCUUUGCUUAUGGCCCUCCUCGGGCGUACUCUGGUGAGUCGUUCGAGUCCGGUGAGACCAAGUACAACUUUAACUGGGUCGUCAAUGACGAUCCCUCCAGCAACGAAUUCAACCACCAGGAAGCUCGUGAUGAGGACGACAUCAAGGGAUCGUACUCCGUGCAGCUUCCCGACGGCCGUGUCCAGACCGUGACUUACUACGUGGACGGUGACUCUGGCUACGUGGCCGAGGUCACCUACCAGGGCGAGGCUCGCUACCCAGAGUCUGAUGAGUCCAGGGAGUAUGUCCCACCCAGGCCCCGGUACUCUGCCCCAGUAUCCCUAGAGUCCCGUGAGGCUCCCAGGCCACAGUACUUCUUCGGUGAUUCUAAUGAGUCCAAGUAACCACCUUCUCAGUUGUCCAGAAAAGCACACACAGUUAUUAACAAAACGACCAUUUAAUUGUAUAUAUUAUUAAAGCACAAAAUAUUUAUAUAAUUAUCAUUUAUUUAUAAAGU